AUGGAGGCGCCGCCGCAGAUCCGCCAAACCCUAAGCGAGAUCAGCAGUCGGACCCCCGCGGCCCUCCGGAUCGCCGUGGGCAUCCGCCUCGGGAGCCUGCCGCCCUCCGCCGCCGCCGGCCGCGAGGACGUCGCGAGGUACGCCGCCUACCUGGCGCGGCAGCUGCAGCCGCGCGCGCGGCGGAGUAACCCCCCCACGGGCGCGGCGCUGAGGAUGAGAGCCGCGUCGUGCUACCUGCCGGAGCACGACGAGGACGCGCACUUCUUCCACGCCGUGGCCGGCGUCAUCGGCGUCGCGGACGGCGUCGGGGGAUGCCGCUUGGAGGGCGUGGACGCCGCCGCGUUCUCGCGCGGGCUCAUGGCGAGCGCCCUGUCGGAGGUCGUGGCGUCCUCCGCCGCCGCGCCGCCGCCGCCCGGCGGCAUCUGCCCCUACGCGCUGCUGGAGAAGGCGUACCAGCAGACGGUCGCAUCUGGCACGCCGGCUGCGUCCACGGCCGUCAUCGUGUCGCUCGCCGGCAGGGCCCUCAGGUGGGCGUACGUCGGCGACAGCGGCUUCGCCGUGUUCCGCGACGGCCGGAUCCUGCACCGGUCGCAGCCGCAGCAAUCCUAUUUCAACUGCCCGUUCCAGCUCAGCUCCGACUCCGAGGAGAGCAACAAGGUCAGCGACGCGGCGGUGGGCGAGAUCGCCGUGGAGGAAGGCGACGUGGUGGUGGUCGCGUCCGACGGGCUCUUCGACAACGUGUUCGACGUGAUGCUGGAGAAGAUCGUGCAGUCGGGCCUGGCGCUCAGCUUCACGCCCAAAAACAUGGCCGACAUCAUCGCCAGCCAAGCUUACGCCGCGGCAAGGCGUACCCAGGACACGCCGUUCAGCAUCGCCGCCCGGGAACACGGACGGAAUAAAUUCAGAGGGAAGAAGGACGACACCACCGUCGUCGUCGCCUUCAUCGAGUUUCGGGACAUAGCAUGA